UCCAUGGGGGGGUGAAAUUUGGGAGUGCCCUCACCCUCCCCAAAUCCCCCCAGGGUCCCUCUGCGGCAACUCAGAGCUCAGAGCACGGCUGGGAGCUGGGAGGACGCCAUGCACGGGACCCCCAUCGUGGCCUUCGCUGUGGGGGAUGAUCUCGAUGGGUUCGAGUUUGUGGAGACGCUGAGGGAGGUGGCCCAGCACAGGAGGGACCAGCCCGGCUUCAGCAUCCUCUGGAUCGACCCCGGAGAUUUCCCGGGGCUCGUCCCCAUUUGGGAGGACACCUUCGACAUCGACCUGUCCCGGCCACAGCUGGGCGUGGUCAAUGGCACCGACUUAGCCAGCAGCGUGUGGCUGGACAUGGAGGAUGAGGAGGAUCUGCCGGGGCCUGAGGAGGUCCUGGAGUGGCUCCAGGAGGUGCUGGAGGGGGACACCGGGGAUGGUGAGGAUGAAGAGGAUGACGACGAUGAUGACGAUGAAGAUUAUGACGAUCAUGAUGAUGAAGACAAUGAAGAUGAAGAUGAUGAUGAUGAAGUUGAUGCUGACUGA